UACAUCACACUCAUUAGAAUAAUAUAUUCAAGCGCCAGUGGUGCGUGCGUGACGUCAGAAGCAGUUAAUAUAAAAACCUCUGUCUCAGAAAUAGAAUCAUUCGUCCAAAAAGCACAGGCAAGGCAACAACCACGCUCAUUUGCCGGCUCUCAAAAGUAAAACGAAAGCAACCAGGGAUUAUAUAUUGUUUUAUAACACAUCGCAAACGUGGCGAGAAGCAUUAUACAAACGGGUCUUAUCCUGAACAUGAGCACGGAAAUGUUCAAGACUCCAAUGGAAGUGGCUGUGUAUCAGCUGCACAACUUUUCCAUCUCUUUUUUCUCUUCUUUGCUUGGAGGAGAUGUUGUAUCUGUUAAACUCGACAACAGUGCCUCUGGUGCUAGCGUUGUGGCCAUUGACAACAAGAUCGAGCAAGCGAUGGAUCUUGUGAAGAACCACCUGAUGUAUGCUGUCAGGGAGGAGGUGGAGAUCCUGAAAGAGCAGAUCAAGGAGCUGGCUGAGAAGAACAACCAGCUGGAGCGUGAGAACAGCCUGCUCAAGAACCUGGCCAGUCCCGAGCAGCUGGAGAAGUUCCAGUCCCGCCUGCCCGCGGAUGAGGGCUUGCCACGGGAGAAGCAGUCGGCCGGCGUGGAUGUGCAGGCGGACCCUCACAGUGCGGGCUCUGCUGUGUGAGUGGCUCUGCCUUGGGGCGGGCAGAGCCACUGGCCUCACCCGAGAUAGACCUCCCAAUGGUGUCGUUGCACAACUUCGAUGAAGCUGGCUGUACAGAUGACAAAAAAAAGAGCUAACGAAAACGAAAGACGUUCAUAAACGGCCUAGCCUGUUUUCUGUGUAAUCGAACUCUCUUGCGAGACCGACGUGUUAAAGAGAGCGCUCAGCGCGCCAGAGAGAAAGGUUGCGCUGGGAUAGGGGAGAGCCCCGGUGCCAGGGGCUAACCCUAACACCCCCCUGCACCCCCACCCCCCUACUGAGGGGGGAGAGGGUCAUGUGACAGUGCUGGCCCGGUGUCCUGACCCAGGGGGUGCCCAAGUGGCAUCGUCCACAGCUUGGCAUAAUUAUGCUAAGGUAACAGAAUCCUCUUGAGAGAGGAACGCCAUCCAGUCUCUUGUAAGAGCCCUGCGGAUUUCUCAUUUCUGAAGUAAGCAGUUUGGAAAUCGCAUCACGUCCUUACAGAACAGCUCCCUCCUCAACCAUGAUGGUUUUUUUUUUGUUUUGCUUUUUGAUUAGCAGAAUCAAGAACAGCUAAAGCUCCUGGACUGGAGGACCUAGGAGUUGGACAAUUUAAUAAGGCUGAUAGGCUCAGUCUCACUGUCGAUUACUGUGCGAUUCAUUAUAGAUCACGUUGCUUGUAUACUCUGCAGUCGGUGCCAUGCUGCUUAAGGGGAAAUUGAGUAAAGUCCUGCUAUAUCUUUGUUUUGUCAAACAGAACAAAGGUUUUUUUUUUUUUUGGUUUAUUUUUGUUUUGUUAAUCGGAACAUUGUAACUGCCAUGAGAUAAGUAAUGCCGAAGAAAUCUAUACAAAUUUGCAUAGGUUUGUAAAUUUGUACAUAGCGUUAAGUGAAGUACUUUGAAUUGUCGAUGGAGAAACACAGCUGGUGUUUUUUUUUUUUUUUUGUUCAGCAAGUGCACUCCCAACAUAAGACUGAUCUGCUGUUUCUGUGGCAUAGAACUGAUGACACCGCCUUGGGACUCCAAAGCUAAGACAGGUGUCAAGACUGUUAUCUGAAAAUAGGGGCACAUUCUGAACCAAUACGAUGUGAUCUCUAGCUACCAAAGACUUGCAUCAUAUACUCAGAAAUCGACCCGGACCAUGUGUGUUUUACUCACAGGGAGAAGUCUUCUUAGCAGUUGUAAUUACAAAAACAAGGGGUAUUGUUGCUGUAUUGUGUCCAUGAAGGCAGACUGCGGGUAUUCACAAUGAUGUAUGGAUACAAAAUGCACAUUGCAAUAAACCUUAUGUUUACACGA